GCUUCCGGGCAUGCGCACAGUGUUGUGCAGAGGAAUGCCUUUACCUGGACGUGAGGCGCUGUUAUUUAAGAAUGGAAGAGGAUAUAGAUUUUAGAAUCAGGUUUAGUUCUUUGUGUUUCAUUACUGAUCAUGUUGGCUUUCGUGGCGCUAUAAAAAGCUCACCAAGUGACUUCGUUGUUAUCGAGAUUGAUGAACAAGGACAGUUAGUUAAUAAGGCCACUGACGAACCUGUUUACAAGAUUAGUAAAGUACCACCUGAGUCAAAUAAUUUUGCCAAAAAAGCAAAACUAGAUCUUCAAAAUUUAUCCUUUGAAGAGGGAAGCAAUCAAGAAGUUGAUACUUUAGCUGGGUGCUCCGAUGAUGACCAGAAUCAUCAGUCUAGUUCAGAAAAGGAAGAUACUAUCAAGGAUGGAGCUUCCAAAGAUGAAGAAGAAAAAGUUGAUGUAAUAAGCUCCUUGUUAGAUGAAAAAACUAAUGAAUUACUGAAUCAGUUUGCCUGUGAUACAAAAGAGAAGUGGAAUUCUAAAACUGAGCUAAUUGGACCGUCUCCUGAAUUCUCAUUAGGCAGAAUCCUUGACAAAAACCAGAGGGCUAUUUUGCAUAGUGCUAUUAGGCAGAAGUUUCCUUUCUUAAUAACUGUAGGAAAAAACAGUGAAAUUGUUGUAAAACCAAAUCUUGAAUAUGAAGAACUCUGUCACUUGGUAUCCGAAGAAGAAGCAUUUGGCUUUUUUAAAUAUUUGGAUGCAAAGAAAGAAAAUUCCAAAUUUACCUUUAAACCUGAUACAAACAAAGACCACAGAAAAGCUGUCCACCAUUUUGUCAACAAAAAGUUUGGAAACCUUGUGGAAACCAAAUCUUUUCCUGAACUGAAUUACAAUGCUGGUAAUCCAAAUGUAGUGAUAACAGUAAGGUUUCGGGAAAAAGCACACAAAUACAGGAAGAGGUCUCUUCUUGAAUGCCAGGAAAGAAAAGUUAAACAUACAGCCUUUACCCUACGAAAAGAAAAUCUGGAAAUGUUUGAAGCAGUUGGUUUUUUAGCUAUCAAACUUGGUGUGAUUCCUUCGGAUUUUAGUUAUGCAGGACUUAAAGACAAGAAAGCCAUCACCUAUCAAGCAAUGGUUGUUAGAAAAGUGACUCCAGAAAGGUUGAAAAAUAUUGAAAAAGAAAUUGAAAAGAAAAGAAUGAAUGUGUUUAAUAUUCGGUCUGUAGAGGAUUCCCUUAGACUCGGUCAGCUCAAAGGAAAUCAUUUUGAUAUUGUCAUCAGAAAUUUAAAAAACCAAACAAAUGAUUCCACAAACCUGAAAAAGAGAAUUUUGGAGGCAAUAGAAAAUGUUAAGAAUAAAGGGUUUGUGAAUUACUAUGGACCACAGAGAUUUGGGAUGGGAAGGAAAGUUCACACAGACCAAAUUGGAUUGGCUUUGCUGAAGAGUGAGAUGGUGAAGGCUGUAAAAUUAUUUCUUACACCAGAAGAUGUGGAUGAUCCUGUAAAUAGAGCAAAGAAAUAUUUUCUUCAAACUGAGGAUGCUAAAGGCACACUUUCCUUGAUGCCUGAAUUCAAAGUUCGGGAGAAAGCGUUGCUGGAGUCCUUGCAUCGCUUUGGCGUGACCGAGGAGGGUUGUAUCCAGGCGUGGUUCUCUUUACCCCAUUCUAUGCGCAUAUUCUACGUCCAUGCAUAUAGCAGCAAAAUUUGGAAUGAGGCAGUGUCUUACAGACUUGCAGCCUAUGGAUCAAGAGUAGUGGAGGGUGAUUUGGUCUGUUUGGAUGAAGAUGUUGAUGAUGAGUGUUUCCCAAAUGGUAAAGUUCAUCUAGUAACUGAAGAAGAGGAAUCAGCUAAUUCAUAUGCAAUACAUCAGGUGGUUCUUCCGGUGCUUGGAUACAAUAUUCAGUACCCAAAGAACAAAGUAGGGCAGUGGUACCAGGAAAUACUUAAUAGAGAUGGACUACAGACAUGUAGGUUUAAAGUACCUACUCUGAAACUGAAUGUUCCAGGACGCUAUAGACAGAUUUUGAAACAUCCCCAUAAUCUCUCAUACCAACUAAUGGAAGAACAGAAUAUUGAUGUCAAAACAGAAGGUUCCCACAUCGAUGAAGCAACUUUAUCUCUUUUGAUCUCUUUUGAUCUUGACGCUUCGUGUUAUGCUACGAUUUGUCUGAGGGAGAUAAUGAAGCAUGAUUUUUAAAACCAAUACCCUUGAUAUAAUUGUAUAUAUGUCACUCUUUGAAGGAAAGGGACUAAAAUUUUUUGAGCAUCUACUAUGUGCUAGGAGCUGUAUAAUUGUUAUCUCUUUUAAUUAUACAAUAUCCUGAGGAAGUAGGAAUUUGAUGCUAAUGUUCCAGAGGACAUAUAGCUAAUAAGUGGUAGGGUCUGAAUUUAGGACUCCAAAGCCUACAUUCUUUCUAUUAUCUAAUGUUUCAGUGACUUUUAUUCUGUGCUAUAAAAGUUACAAUCGUUUUACACUAUUAGGAGCCUAUAAUACUGCAGGAUAACGUGUAGGAAAAAAAAGUUUUGGAGUAAUGUUUAUAUCCUCUUGCUCCUUGCUUAGAAUGUAGAUGAAACUAGGUUGUAAUGAAAGCAUAUGGUUGGAGAGAAAGAUAGAUGAAGCAUUUUGUUAAUUAUUAUUGUCAUUCUUUUCCAUUUUUGAAAUUAUGGAUCAGAGCAAUACAUCAGGAAAUAGAGUUUCUCUAUUUACGAUAGCUACCCCAGGGUAGUUUACCCAUUUAUAAGAUAAAUAAUCAUCCAUGAAGAUUGAAAUAAACAUUUUCAUA